CAUUACAUGGGGUCUUGUGACCAAGCGACAGCUACCGUGGCGCAGAACCAGCACUCCAAAUACAUGACUGUACUGAUGUAGCAGCAACAGGUUGUUGAUUGGUACCCGCUGGAUACAUCUCCGACAAGAAGUACGCUCGAUAAAUGGUGUCAAAAGUUAGUUUUACCGUUUCGUGGGUUCGUCGCCAGUCUUGAGGAAAGCUGUUUCCAGAUUGAAAAAUCUGCUUUGCGGCGUUUGCCAUCGUCGUCGUCGUCUUUCUCUCUUGUGAUUUCUUCCCCGCCUAGCGCCUGCGAAAUGACUCCAAGAAUUAUUGCCGGGGCGUUGCUACUGGUGACGGUUGCGUUGAAUCAGGUGCAAGCGCAGUACCCAACGUGUGAGACGGACGGAAGCAGUGGAGGUAUUUGUUCCCAAGUGCUCACUACGUUCUGUUUGAGAUCGGAUUGCUCCUCGUGUUGCGACCAUAUCAAUGCAUGCCCACCAACACCAUCGUACGUGAAGCAACAGCAGUGCAAGGUUACUACCACCAUUGCUCCUAAGCCCACCACUGUCCCUGUUACAGUCAGCCCAUGUGCAACUGUUUUCUGCAAAUCUGGUUCAUGUCGUGUCGUAGCUGGUUAUGCUGUCUGUAUCCCAACUUGUACUGGUGCUGUAUACCAGUGCAUCAUCCAUCCGUGCUCCACAACUAAAUGCCCAAUGCACCCUACUGCUACAUGUAUUGGAAACUUUUGCAAUGGCUGCAAUGCCCACUUUUAUCUCAAUGGGAAUAACGUGACGUCGACAUGUCAGCCAAAGACUACGACUGUUGCGGUGGCAACAACUCAACUGCAGUGUGGACCAGUGUGUGGUAUAUUCUGCAUGUACGGCAAUGUACCGGACUCUCGAGGCUGUCCCACAUGUGCAUGCCGCACUGGGCCUGCCCCCGCUACAACAAAGCCCACAAAACCUGCUGUGACAACUCCAGUUCCAACAAAACCUGCUGCAACUACAACUCGACUGCAGUGUGGACCAGUGUGUGGUAUAUUCUGCAUGUACGGCAAUGUACUGGACUCUCGAGGCUGUCCCACAUGUGCAUGCCGCACUGGGCCUGCCCCCGCUACAACAAAGCCCACAAAACCUGCUGUGACAACUCCAACUCCAACAACACCUGCUGCAACUAAACCAGUGACCGUGCAGUGCCCGCCUCUCUGCCGCAAAUUGUGUCCGUAUGGUUAUGUUGUGGAUUCUAAUGGAUGCCAGCUUUGCCAAUGCUUGCCUCCUCCAAUGACUACGACCUCGGGUGUUGUUCGAACGACUCCUCACGCUCGAACCUCCCCUCGUGUUCGAACGACUCCUCACGCUCGCACCUCCCCUCGUGUUCGAACUACUCCUCAGGGUAAAACCUCUCCUCGCGUUCAAAGCACUCGCCCAGUUCGAACCACACCUGUGGCUGCCACAACACCGGCCCAAAAUCCGUGUUCGACCGUACGCUGUGCAAGUGGACCCUGCAUCAAUGUUGCUGGUUAUCCUGUAUGCACUUCAGCAUGCAGUGGACCAGCUAAAGUGUGCGCUGCACCUCCCUGUCAGAAUGCAAGCUGCCCUGCACACCCAGCGGCGGUGUGUGUUAACAACUACUGUGCCGGCUGCCAUGCAUACUUCUAUGUCAAGGUGGUAGAGGUCACAUCGACAUGCACACCUCCAGCUACCGUGUGCCCUAAGUCAUCAUCAGUGUCACCGGUUUGUCAGCUGCAAUGUUCUUCAGACAGUGAUUGCUCACAGGAUGGUGAUGGCUGCUGCAGUGUGGGUUGUAGUAAGAUGUGUGUAAAGAAGUGCACUAAACCUACCUGUCAGUCUGCGUUUGAUCCUUCGAAAUGCCAAUAUGGCCAAGCCAGCGACUCGACUAGUGGCUGUCCAAUCUGUCGAUGCACAUCAUUGUGCGAGUCACAGCGCCAGAAGGCAAUCUCUUCUGGUCCUCAGCCGAUAGGGCGCCGUCGUCGUCAAGCUCCCGGGUCCUACAUUCCCGGCUGCGAGGCCGAUGGCUCGUUCACCGUCCUGCAAUGCCGUGACUCUAGCGGUUAUUGCUGGUGUGUGAACCCAACGACCGGUGUCAAUACCACCCAGCAUGUACCACCGGCUCUGCAUAAAACACUGCCCUGUGUGCCUUCAGUAGCCACCACUAGAGACAGUACCUCCACACCAACCUGCGCGCCUUGCACUCAAAAAUGUGUUCACGGAGUGUUGUCGGACACGAACGCCAACGGCUGUUCCCUGUGUUUGUGCAAGCCUCCACCUGACGUGAAAAUCAUUCGCCUCACGCUGACAUUGCAGAGCAACAAGGCACUGUACGAUGCCCUGAAUGCUGACGAAGAGCAGACACAGCUGAAACUGCUUGCCCUGCAAAUUAGAACACAGCUGAUGACUCGCUUCAGCAUCCCAUCACAGCAACUUGCCAAAUUCACCGCAACCAGCAAGGUUAGUGAAGGAGGAGAGUACAUGACGUACGUAUCAUUCAAUGUUCAAGGCAACACACUCAAUCCAGAUCCUGAGGCUGUUGUGCAGAAAAUCCAAGAAUCAGCUGCUAGCAAAUCCCUGGUUCUAACGUUCAGCAGUUCCAGCGGACAGACGUAUGACAUGGCCGUGGCUGAUUCAUCCGCAGUGGCGCAGACCAAUGAAUCCACUGACAGCAAACAAUCAAUGUAUAUUGCUAUUGGAGUUGCUGUGCCCGCUGGUAUCAUUCUGAUAGCUAUUCUCGUUCUCGUAGUCUACAAGGUCAAAGUCCAGAAGGAUGGCGGUCGAGCUUCCACAGUCAAGUAUGAGAAGCGGCUCAGUAGCGCACACCUUACAGGCUCAGAGAACGAGUACGUGAACAACCCGGCUGCAAUCUAAUAACUUGUUAUUGGUUGGGACUUGCGUCUCAGUCUUUCAAAGUCGCCUUUUUACUACCAAUGAAUCUGCCCAUUUACAAGCUUGAUAUUUUUCUUUCCCUUAUAGAAGGUGUUGUAGCAGUAGGUCUACAAAUUCUCUACCUUAUUUGUCAUGUGAUGCCACUACAAAAGGUUAGGGUAGGUAGGUAAGGUACAGCAUGUUUUAGAGUUUUCUCUCUUUUUUAUUUUUAUAGUCGGCACUAGUCUAGCUUAGGUCGCCAGACUGGGUGCGGCACCCGGCCAGCCUUUGUCAAUGUUUUGCCUCUCAACUAACUAACUAAGCUUGUCUAGCAACAUUCACAACAAGGUUAUGAAUCCUAUGAAUCCUAUACAUGACUAGUAACUAUUGACUACAAGUAAUAUAAUUAUUUCAAGUAACUGCUCUUUUUGAAAGCAGUUUUACAUCAUGCUGCCACCAGUACAAGCCAUGCAGGACAUUGCUGUCACAGAAGUUUCGUUUAGACUUGAAUUCCUCCAGACGGAUCACCGGUGUUAAAAGCCACCGCUUUUCUAAGUAAGUUUGCAAUUUGCAUUCCUGCACGUGCACAUUGAUAGUUUGCAUAAUAUUAUGUUUUACUCCCUGCUACAUCAUGCUGCAUACUGUCAGUGACAUGUAUAUAUUCCAAGCCCUUGAGGACUUCUGA